AUGACUGCUUGCCCUGACGAGAUCCGCAGCGCCUGGGGUAAGCGGCUACAGCUGGGCUCUGAGAUUCUGGAGGCCACCUUCAUCGAUGCCUCGAACUUGCCCUGGCGAGUGAUCCUGGCAGGCCCCGCGUCCGCUGAAGCCGCUUCUGGCGCGGCGGUCCGGCUUCUGCGCUCCAACGCGGACGGGACCUGGGCGCUGGAGCCAAAGUCUGCGGCCUGGGAGGCGAUGCUUCAGGCCCUGCCAAGCCAUCUGAUUCUGACAGAGCUGUGCGCGGAAGGCUGGGCGCAGCGUCAGCUGCUCUUUGACGCCACCAGGAACCGCUCGGCGCGCCUGGCGGUCGACUGGGCAUUCCCGCCCUACGUCGCCUAUACCGGGAACAGACUUCGCAGCGCACCGGUGCGGUCCUUCUCUGCAACUGCGCGGCUGAGCCUCAAGGCGGAGCUGGCCGGAAAGGAUCUUUACCUGCAAGGCUUGUCGUUUCUCAACGCGCUGGACUUUGGUCCGUGGCUCCUGCGCAGCGACGACGCCUCGGGGGCCUUCGCCGCGGACGGGCGCGAGGAGUUGGAGUGGCUGCUGGCGAAGGUUUGCGCCUUCAACGCCACGGCGGAGCUGCAGGUGGCCGCGGCGUUGCUCGAGGCCCCAAGCGCAACGAGCGAAGUCUGGCUGACGGCGCAGCGGCGCAACUGGCUGCCUCGGGCGGCUCGGGAGGCCAUCGCCAACGAGGGCUGUGUGGGCGACUUUUGCAGCCCCCAGGGCUUCUACCGCAUGGAAGGCAUUGGGACCACACAGCUGGAGGGCUCUCGAGCUUGGCCCAUGUCGCAGCAGGUGUCCUUCCACGGCUCUUCGGAGGCCGCCGUUCUCACGAACCCUUGGCGGAAUCAGGCGCUGCGCUUCGAGCUCCGCGUCUUGCCGGCCUUUGACAAGCAGAGGGCUAUGCAGCUGUUACCCCAGCAGCUCUCCUCCUUUGAGUACAACCAGACUGAACUCAGCAUCCAAGCUGAAGGUGACUUCAGCUUCCGUUUCCGGCAGAUGAGCAUGGCAAGCUUCGGCAAGGCUUCCUGGACGCUGCCCAGCCCAGUGGACAUGAGCCAGGAGACCUGUUGGAGCCGAGCUUUGCAAGUCUACUUUGCAAGUCUGACUUGA